GGGUCCAACGAGGCGGCCAGAGAGCGGCGGACGGGUCGGUGGCAGGAGACCCGGCUCGGAGAACCGCUUGUGUGGGGGGGACAGCGCCGCAGCACCAGUGACCCAAGGCCCCCGGCCCGCAGCCCGCAGCCACAAUGGCCCAGAACGUGGACCCCAGCACCGCCGCCGCCGCGGGGACCACCGCGACCCGGAAAGGCAGCGAGGGCGGCGCCGCCAUCGCCCGGGGCUCGGUGUCCAAGAGGUUGCAGCAGGAGCUGAUGACUCUCAUGAUGUCGGGUAACAAAGGAAUUUCCGCUUUCCCCGAGUCGGACAAUCUCUUCCGAUGGAUCGGCACCAUUGACGGCGCCGCGGGCACGGUCUAUGAAGGUUUGAGAUACAAGCUGUCUCUGGAAUUCCCCAGUGGCUACCCAUACAAACCUCCCACCGUGAAGUUCCUCACCUCCUGCUACCAUCCCAAUGUGGACGGCGAAGGCAAUAUCUGCCUGGAUAUUCUCAAGGACAAAUGGUCAGCACUUUAUGAUGUCAGGACGAUCCUGCUGUCGAUUCAGAGUUUACUGGGAGAACCUAAUGUACAGAGUCCCCUGAAUGUUGCUGCAGCUCAACUGUGGUCUAACCAGCAAGAGUACAAGCAACGACUACAUGAGGCGUAAUGCCCGGCAACUGAAGAGUUAGGGCUGGCCCAGAACUUACAGCUGCUCUCCUUACUCCUGUGUUCAUAC